AAAGAGAAAAGCGUGAAGAGCAAAAAUUCUUUAAUGAACCCAAAAUCAAGAAAGCAAAUUUUCAGCAUGAGCUAUCUUCAAUAGUACAGCUAAAAAUUGAUCUUGAAGCUAGUCCAGGUCCUCGAACCCAAGCUCAUCAUGAAGAAGAAGAAAUCAAUGAAACUAUAAAUUUGGCAGUAGAUACUUAUAAAGCAUUAGAAAAUGAAGAUGAAGCUAUAUAG